CGUAGCGUCUGGGGAAGAGCCCGCUUUCAGUAAAGCCACCACUUCUGCCCCUUCAGAUAGAAAAGGCAGCGAGGCCCCCAACAGGAGAGCUUCCUGUGGAUCCCAAACCGUGGCAAUCCAGAGUACGAAGACAAGAUGCCGUCCGCAUUCUUCAAGAACCGCAGGGUCUAUCUGCUUACCACAGUGGCCUAUAUGGGCUCACUGCUCUUCGGUUAUGAUACCGGAGUAAUGGGCAGUGUCCUUGCCCUUAAAGCGUUCAAAGAAGAUUUUGGCCUUCCGACCGACUCGUCCGGCUUCGCGAGCUCGAAGAACGCAUACGUCUCGUCCAACGUCGUAUCGCUCCUGACAGCAGGAUGCUUUUUCGGCGCCAUCGCAGCCGCAUUCCUCAACGAGCGCUUCGGACGUCGAUACACGCUCAUGGGUUUCUCGGUCAUUUUCCUUAUCGGCGCAGCAGUCCAAACGGCCGCCCACCACGAGAUCGGCAUGAUCUAUGGCGGUCGUGUCAUUGCUGGCCUGGGCAUCGGCGGCAUGUCCUCGGUCACCCCGGUCUUCGUCUCAGAGAACUGCCCGCCUGAGGUGCGAGGCCGUAUUGCGGGGCUGUUCCAGGAGUUCCUCGUCAUCGGCAGCACCUUUGCCUACUGGCUCGACUACGGUGUCUCCCUUCACAUUCCUGUUUCCACGAAGCAGUGGCGCGUCCCUGUCGGAAUUCAGAUCAUCCCUGGUGGUAUAAUGCUGAUUGGGCUCUGCUUCCUAAAAGAAAGCCCCCGCUGGCUCAUGAAGCAGGGCCGCCACGAUGAAGCUGCCCGGUCUCUCGCCCACAUUCGCUGCGAGUCGGUCGAUAGCCCAGAGGUCGUCUCCGAGUUGGCUGAGAUUCGUGCUGCUAUUGAAGAGGAGCUCAACGCCACCGAGGGUGUGACCUGGAAAGAGGUUCUCUUGCCUGGCAACCGAUACCGCUUCCUUACUGGUUUUGCAUUGAUGUUUUGGCAGCAAUUUUCAGGAACGAACUCGAUUGGCUAUUAUGCGCCGCAGAUCUUCCAGACGGUCGGUGUGUCCAAGAGCAAUGCUUCGCUCUUUGCGACUGGCGUCUACGGGACGGUGAAGGUUGUCGCGACGGGUCUCUUCCUGCUCAUCGGUAUCGAUCGCUUUGGCCGGAAAAAGUCCCUCCUGGCUGGUGCGGCGUGGAUGGCGUCCAUGAUGUUCAUCAUUGGCGCGGUCCUGGCAACCCAUCCGCCUGACACGAAGGCCACGUCCGUCUCCAAGGCAUCGACUGCUAUGGUAGCCAUGAUCUACCUCUACGUCAUUGGCUACUCAGCAUCCUGGGGCCCUGUGCCGUGGGUCUACCUGGGUGAGAUCUUCCCGACCCGUCUCCGCGCGUACGGUGUCGGCAUGGGCGCUGCAACACAGUGGCUCUUCAACUUCGUGAUCACGAAGAUCACCCCUGAGGCUGUAAACCACAUAGGGUGGCGGACCUUCCUCAUGUUUGGCAUCUUCUGUCUUGCCAUGGGCGUCUUCGCCUUCUUCUUCAUCAAAGAGACCAAGGGCCGCACGCUUGAGGAUAUGGACGUGCUCUUCGGCGCGGUGACAGCCGAGCAGCGCGCACAGGACUUGGAGAGGAGCUUGGCGGUCGAGAAGAAGGGUGGAGUGGAACUCGAGGAAGAAACACCAAAGCACUAAAUGUAUUGAGCGGCGUUGAUGACUCAAGUAUUUGGAAAGAUGUUGAAAAUUGUUUGUGGGAAGAAGGGACGUCACGUAGCUUGCGGACAACCUUGGCUGGAACUGUGAGGGAGUCGCUGCGUCAUCCGUGUUGGUAGAGGCAGUCGCAAUGCGCAUCAAGGGAAGC